AUGCCCGCAGUGACGACCACGCCGCUCCUGCAUUCACGUCCAUGUGGUUCUGAGACACCUGAAGAACCGGGUCAGAGACUCGGACCUUCACUGACGGUCUGACACGACAACAACGUCUCACCACAAAAACACGGACGAUACAAACGACUGUGGAGGCCGAAAAAGAGAGAGAGAGAGAGAGAGAGAUAGAGAGAGAGAGAGGGAGAGAGAGAGAGAGAGAGAGAGAGAGAGAGAGAGAGAGAGAGAGAGAGAGAGAGAGAGAGAGAGAGACGGAGAGAGAGAGGGAGAGAGAGAGGGAGAGAGAGGGCGAGAGAGAGAGAGAGAGAGAGAGAGAGAGAGAGAGAGAGAGAGAGAGAGAGAGAGAGAGAGAGAGAGAGAGAGAGAGAGAGAGAGAGAGAGAGAGAGAGAGAGAGAGAGAGAGAGAGUGAGAGAGAGAGGGAGAGAGAGAGACAGAGAGAGAGAGAGUGAGAGAGGGAGAGAGAGAGAGAGAGAGAGACAGAGAGAGAGAGAGAGAGAGAGAGGGAGAGAGAGAGAGAGACAGAGAGAGAGAGAGAGAGAGAGAGAGAGAGAGAGAGAGAGAGAGAGAGAGAGAGAGAGAGAGAGAGAGAGAGAGAGAGAGAGAGAGAGAGAGAGAGAGAGAGAGAGAGAGAGAGAGAGAGAGAGAGAGAGAGGGAGAGAGAGAGACAGAGAGAGAGAGAGAGAGAGAGAGAGAGAGAGAGAGAGAGACAGAGAGAGAGAGAGAGAGAGAGAGAGAGAGAGAGAGAGAGAGAGAGAGAGAGAGAGAGAGAGAGAGAGAGAGAGAGAGAGAGAGAGAGAGAGAGAGAGAGAGAGAGAGAGAGAGAGAGAGAGAGAGAGAGAGAGAGAGAGAGAGAGAGAGAGAGAGAGAGAGAGAGAGGGAGAGAGAGAGAGAGAGAGAGAGAGAGAGAGAGAGAGAGAGAGAGAGAGAGAGAGAGAGAGAGAGAGAGAGAGAGAGAGAGAGAGAGAGAGAGAGAGAGAGAGAGAGAGAGAGAGAGAGAGAGAGAGAGAGAGAGAGAGAGAGAGGGAGAGAGAGAGACAGAGAGAGAGAGAGAGAGAGAGAGAGAGAGAGAGAGAGAGAGAGAGAGAGAGAGAGAGAGAGAGGGAGAGAGAGAGAGAGAGAGAGAGAGAGAGAGAGAGAGAGAGAGAGAGAGAGAGAGGGAGAGAGAGAGAGAGAGAGAGAGAGAGAGAGAGAGAGAGAGAGAGGGAGGGAGUCAGUCAAAACAUGAGGGUCCUGAAAACUUCACCUCAUCUCUUUAGAAGAAACAAACAUGGCCGCCUACAGGAGCUCCUCAGAUCAGCUGUUUGUUCCCCUGAACACGUUAACGUCACGGAUCCUCACGUGUCCGAAAAUUCUGACCUCCGACCAACUUCAUUUAAAGACGUUUCAGACGACAAACGGUUAAUGAAACCCACAGAGCAGAGGAGACUGCAGCCCUAAAUCUGCAGCUCUGAAACUGCAGCUCUGAAACUGAGGGACUAAAACUGCAGCUCUGAAACUGCAGCUCUGAAACUGCAGCUCUAAGUCUGUUUACUCUGGUUGCCAUGGUAUCAUUUGUAGUUCGUCCCUCUUCAGUCUUCUGCUCUCUGAUUGGCUGAGGUUUCGCUCCUGUGAUGGUGGACAGAGACUGAUUUCUGUUCCUCCUUCAGAACCAGCUGAUGAUCCGGGUUCUGCUGAUUCUGUUGGAAGGUGGAACUCGGACCCGAGGUCAGGACAGCUUUGUUGGAGUGAGGAAGACGCUUUCUUGAAGGACAGAGACUUUUGGGAUGAUUUACUGUUUCUGUUUGAUUCCCUCCAAAAAACAUGAUCUCAGGGUUUUUUUCACACACACACACACACACACACACACACACACACACACACACACACAGAGUGGUGGAUGUGAGCGUCUAAAUCUCCUCCCUGUUGAACAGGGAGAGACUAAACACGGAGGAGACUCUGGAAAUCAUUUCCUUCUCUGUGUUUAUAUACAGAGCUGGUUCUGCUCAGUAGAUGCUCCUCCUCAGACCCGGCCCGGUGUAACAGAACUUCACUCACUCAGCGGACAGAGCUGCUGACAGACGAGGACACCAGAACGCUCUUUCAAACCGGCUCAGAGAGUUUCUGCUGCGAACAGAACCUGAGGACGGACGGACGGACAGAAACCAGUGGCGUGAUGACUCUGAAACUGUCCACACAGAAACGUGUCCCCGUAAAUGAGGAGGAGAAGAAAACACUCGUUUCUGCAGCGUAA